AUGGCAGACGACAACAGAUCAAUCAAUAAUGACUGGCGCCGUCGAGAUCAGCAAUCUCGAUCUACCUUCACGCCCCAGCAGCAGCAACAAAAGCAGCAGCAACAGCAGCAAAAGCAGUUCAGUAGUCAAUACACCCCCGUUCGAGGAUUCAAUAGCCGCGAAGUCGAGGAUUUCUUGAACCGGGAAUAUACUGCUGCUCUUGAGCAGGCGCGCGCAAGUGAGAAGGAGGAGGACGUCAAGAACAAGACGGUCGUGUUCCAGUCGGAUGGCAAGGGAUGGACUAAUACUACUCCAAAGGGUUCAGCUUGGACACAGCGAGGACACCUCACAGCAAAAGGAGCAACCGUCUUAAGCGAACUCCGCCGCGGCGUGCAGAAUCUACCGGCAGAGUGA